CCAGAGCCAGUUUGCACUCCUUAUUUACUAGAGCAGGUCGGUAGCUUUGCUACUGGUGAAUAUUUGCAAGCCUGUUAAAGUAGACAUAAAAACAAUUACAAGGCUCACACUGUGGAAUUAAUUUGUAUAAUUAUGUUUUUUCUUUCUGCGUGGCGCUUUCGUCGUUAACCAACAAAAGAAAAAUGAUUUUUUGUUUACUGUUUUCAUAGUGUUUCACUUUUCUGGAAAGGACGGUAUAUAAGGAAAUAUACUACAAAAGCUGGAACUCAACCAUACGUGUGUGUGAGAGAAAGAAGGGUUAAAAAAACAUUUGGAGAGUUUCACUAUGGAAGAAAAUGAUCACAGCAACAGAGAUGUGGAGCGUCAAGAUUCCGGCGAUGAGUCCAAUAGGGCUAUUUUACCCCUGUUACAGGCUCCUGGAAACAUACUGCCGCACAGAAUAACCAACUUUUACAUCGACAACAUUUUGAGACCAGACUUUGGCCGCAGAAAAGAAGGACCCAGGCGUGAUGAAAUUAACAUAGUUGAGAGAGAGAAUCGUUGCCCUUCGGGUCCCGGUUUAGGGCAGGUGGAAGCUCCAGUGUCAGGGGAAGGAUCCUCGAGUCCUCACACAGUAAGCGCCUCUAAAAAAACUGAUAUAACCACAGACGCACCUUUGAAUGCCCGUGCAGAGACUGGAGAUCAGUGCUUAAGCUCAGAUUCGGAUUGCUCGCAAAGUAACGGUGUGUCGGCGAACAAGCAAAUGCUGUGGCCAGCCUGGGUAUACUGCACACGAUAUUCCGACAGGCCAUCAUCAGGACCAAGAUCUCGCAAACCAAAGAAGAAAAAUCCAAGUAAAGACGACAAGCGGCCAAGAACAGCUUUCACAGCCGAGCAACUUCAGAGACUCAAGACUGAAUUUCAGAAUAACCGGUACCUGACAGAGCAAAGGAGGCAGGCUUUGGCCCAGGAACUUGGCCUUAACGAGUCUCAAAUCAAAAUCUGGUUUCAGAACAAAAGAGCAAAGAUUAAAAAAGCUUCGGGAAAUAAAAACACACUUGCAUUACACCUGAUGGCACAGGGACUCUACAAUCACGCCACAUCAGGAAAGGAGGACAAAUCCGACAGCGAUUAACAUGAAAAGAGGACAUCUAAAAUGCAAUAAUUUAAAAAGGGCCAGUGUACAAAAUACCAGCAUUAAACGGAUGAAACUUUAUGUGUGACAUGUGACUUUGCAAUAUUAUAUGUAUAUAUUCUUUAUGUGUACGGUGGUGUAAAACUUUUUAAUUAAUAUCACUGCUGUACACUGACACUUCAGAGAGUCUGCGAGGAAAAGGACGCUUCUUUAUUUAAAAAGCGAUUUGAUUGAAACUUGACGUUGAGCCACAUGUGACCGGUUUAAUCCAUGCUGAAGUCCAAAGAUUUUACUGCUGCAUUCAGGCAACUGUGAUUUAAAUAAUAAAUAGUCAAAUGUUUUAUCAUAUUUCAAUGUUUGUUUAUUUCCAAGCCUUAUGUUAUUACUCUGGAUGAACGUUUGACUUGAAUUUUGUUACGGAGACAUGGUAUUUAAGAAGACAACAUUAAUUAUAUCAUGCUUAAAAUAAUUCAGUAUAUUGUAUUUAAAGAUGGUCUAUGAAAACAUUAUUCGUCAAUGAUGAUACACAUAUAGAUACAAAUGUCUUAACAUUUUCAGAAAUUAGACAUCUGAAUACAUAUGGCAGUAAACCCUCGAAUUACAAAUUUCCAGUUGUAAUGCAAACACAUUACCUUAUUUGUUGUCGGAUGAACUUAGCUGGGAAUGUACAAUAAAAUGUUAAUCUUUUUCAAACAGAUUUCUGGCAAAGUUUUUACGAAAGCAUUUGAUGUUUUUUUUUUGGUGUUAUGUUUUUAUUUAUUUUCGUGCCUUG